AUGCAACACAGACGGUAUCAACUGUAUGGUUAUGCAGAGCUUCUGAAUGAUGCAGAUUUUUGUCUUGUUUGUAUACAUCAGAACUCGGCACGAUUUCAAGCGUGCAAUUUGCAAGCAUUUUCGGAAACUGUCACUGGGCUUGAAUGUACGCAACUGCUAGGUCAAAGCGUUAUAAAUUUGAUAUUUAGAUACACCAUGCUGUCGGUCAAAACCGACUCGGAAAACCAGACGAAGAAGCCGCCCCAAACGCGCGGCUCCAAGUUUCCACGCGGAAGGCAGGGAACAACACAGUUCGGUCGUCGCAAUAGUCGGCAAGGAAAGGAAUAUGUUCCACCUAGUGAGCCUGAAGUGAAGGCAGGGACAAAGGGGAUUUUGCCUUCCGGAAAAAUUCAGACCGCUAAAUUGGUUCAAGUCUCGACGGAACAUGUUCGCACCUCUCCACAUGAACACUUAUCCGGUUCUGCAGCAGAAGGUCACGAUUUCAACAACGGAGGUCCGUUCACGGUAAAUUUAAGCAAGGUGGAUUUCCAAAAGACUAAACAACAGGCCAGAUCGUCUAACAGAUUCACGGUUAUGCGACCACGCAGCAUGAUAAACCCUGACGUCAAAGAAGUCAAAUCGGACCCUCGGAGAACCACGAAAGCGACGGCUUCGAUGGGGCGUACCAAAGAAGCUUGUGCAGCAGUGGCAACUAGCAGCUGGUCCUCGGAUCGGGACACUACGAGCGGCUCCAGUCGGGUAUCCAAAUCAGCAAAAGGCGGAAAAAGUUUAGCACAACAGAACUGCAUGAUUCCAAAACCUCAGGUUCAGCCGAAGUCCGCUCAAGUUAACGUACAGAAAAUGACAAACCAUCCCAAGAUUUUCCGAAACGAUAAAUCUUCCAGUAGCACGCACUUGUCGGAGUCUCAAGAUAAACGGUGUUCAUCCGCUUUGCCACUUAACAGCGAGUUGUACAACCGUCUUGCUAUGAGUGUCGAUAAUUAUAUUGGGAAAGAGCAACAAUGCAGUGGUAGAUCUCGGCGCACAUCCGACUGUGUGCCCCUCAAGAUAAAGGUGAGUGAUUCGCGCCAGAAAGAACUGAGCAACAUGAGGAACGUCACCAGGAAUUGUGGUAACAUACUAAACAACACAGGAUCUUCACUAUGCAUGGCCGAACGAUCAUCGUUCAAUUCUAUUAAACAAGAUUCGCCCAUUUGUUCAAGAUCACAGCAUUUGGUCACUGCAACCAUGGAUUAUUUCGGGGACAGUGAGGAGGACGAUGUGCUCACACCCGACCGCUCACCAAAGUACUUCAGACAGCGAACCAAUCGUGAUUUUGAUAAGGCGCAAAGGAGGAAGCUGUGUGGCGCCUCACUAAUGGACAUCCCCACCUUUGACAACGGACAGAUACCGGCACUUUCUGGUGCAGACGGCUUGGCGUUUAAGGGCUUUCCGUCAGAUGAUCAACACCUCCGUUUUGUGCGAAACAAACAUACAGCUUUCUGCAACUCAACACCUGACAUGCGCCGCGUGGGAAAAGUGGCAACGUCGCCAGUCAUUGUGCCGCAUCCACCAACUCACAACAACCAGUAUCCGUUGCAAGAUUUUGCUCACAGAUAUGGGGCCCUUGCAGGAUCGAUGAUUGACGGUCUACUGGAGGAAGAAAAUGAAGAUGACACUGAAUCUGACAUAUAUGAACCUCCACCGCCAGCUCCACCUCUGUCACUGGUACGAACGCGUGGUGACUCAUGGUUUGUCAGUCCUAAACAACCUUACGUGUGCACCUCGCCUGAGUUCCAUAGUCCCGAUUUUACUCAAAGUCGAUUGGCUGUGCGAGGUCAGAGUAUGUUCCGGUCCCAAAUCUACCGACCAUUAGAAUGGAAUGACGUGGUGGAAUCCAAUCACUCGUGCUUUCUCGGUAGCCCGGAACACGACCAACGUUCACCUGGUGGCAGCGUCACUCUCCGUGGCCCUGUCGUCCACGUGACUCGUCCAGUUAAACAACGUCAGGGAAUGAUGGCAAAUCCUGGUCAGCUUGCUAAGCUGUCUUCUCCGGACACUUCAACCGAAGACAACACAAUGGAGCACUCGUAUGAAGGAACGAAAGUUGCCCCACAUGAACUGUUCUGGAAACUUCCGCCGCAAUCCAAGGAAGGAGAUCACGAACGAACCAUAGUCAUCAGUAACCCCCAACCGCGCACAGAAAGAAGGGUGCAAGCGGAGAUUUCUCCAGCUUGGUUAUCAGAAAGCAGCAGAGUGGUGCCAAUACCAGCUCCAGAGCGUGUCCAUUGUUGCCCACCAAUACUUCUCGAAACCCAGCUCCCAGUAGAACAGCCACAAUCUCCAAACAGUUCUCAUCUGAUGACCUAUGGACAUGGCCGUGCGUGGUCACUCCUGAGCCCUACCUCUCCGAGCCAAUACGCAAUCGAACAGUCACCGUCUGUUAGUCGAAGUCUCCCUCGCAACGGCGAAAUUAAUAGGUUCAAUCCAAGCCCGUGCUCACCAUCCUCCUUCUUAGAAAGGCUUCCGAAACCAGCUGUGCAAUAUACAUAUCAAAUACGUCCCCAGAAAACAUCGUAUGCAAACACCUUCCCAUUUAGAGUGAGAUCAGAUUUGGAGCUGAGUGAUGUGAGCUGUUUCUCAGAUCCAAUCGACCUCCAUCCGGAUUCAUACAUAAGAAGUCGACCAAACUUCCGUUCCGGUUUCGGUGGUAACUACUGCAGACCGGAUGCCGGAAUCCAAAAAUCCGAGAAUAAAUACAGUCGCUCAAUUUCCCUGGAGCGUUCACAGAUGCGUUCACCAAAAUCCCCAUGUGUGGCAAAUCGACAGUUGGUUGGUGCCCACAGUUCGAGUGUGAAUAAACCGGUACAUACGACCAACAGAGAUACUCCUAGCCGAACAGCUGAUUCACAAAGUGUAGAAACUGAUCAAAUCAGCCCGACGCUGUCCAUAAGUCGUGGGUUGUUCUCCCCUAAGGUGGUCUCCCCCACUACUACCUGGAUCGAGAAGACGGAUCGAGAGAGACGAUUAGAUGAGAAACUACUCCAAUUAAUUGACCAACUACCAGCGUACAAACAAAACGAGAUGAUUCUGGUGUUGCUCACGCUCUGUUCUCGGAAUCAGCAAUCUGGUCACAACGAGGGAUUGCACUUCAGGCUGAGGGAAGCGCUGCAGCUGUUGCAACCACAGGCUAGUGAGAAUGGGAACCUUCGUCAGGUCGAGUGUAAUUGUAGAACGAUAAGCUGCGUUUCCCCGGGAGUUGGGUCGAGCAAUGUACCGAAUACACUGGAUUCUGACAGAUUUCCAAAAGCGGCCGGCGAUACGCGAAUGACCCAAUCAUGUUACCAGACUACAGACUCGCGGGACUCUGCGGUUGAUUUACAAAGUUUGGAGGGAAUCAGUACUCCCACGUUGAACGGUCAUCCACGCGAAUCGCUUACGACCGCUUCAAGCACAUCGAUCGACUCUACGUCUGAUGCGGAACCCACCGCUUCGCAUGCGUCAAGCACAAGACUCGCGGCUAGGAUGGACAACGGUGAUGGCACAGUACCCAGGGUGAAGACAGUAUUACGUCGUUUGGCGCGGUGUCUCGCAGUCCGUAUCGCCCUCAAGCGUCAGCAUUUAGCAGAAGCACAUCAAUAUGUGGCUCGCAAUACAACUGAAGAAAGAUGGCUCCGGAACAAGCUGAACGAAUUGUUCACCAUGAACUACGCUACACCCCACAUACCAUCAGCCACGUGCUCCCGUUGUGACAGCAGCUACACCGCCAGCGAACCGUCCGAUAUUCCAACUGCUCAGGUUGUAACUCGAUUCGACCGGUGGCAUAACAAUAUCGUAUCUGUGCUUCAACUUCUGUGUCAACUCGCUCGUAGAUUGGCUUGGAUCGACGCGCAGUUAGUCAGUGUAAACAAAAGAGAAGGCGGACCGAACCGCUGGUUCAGAAGCGCUGACACGGUACUUCAUCUGUCAGACACCCAACCUUCGAUUGAGCAUCUCAAGAAUCAGAAAUCGGCUUUGCAAGCUAAAAUUAAGGAAGCGCAAGAACUUCGUGCUGGUUUGGAAACAUGUCGCAUUCGAUUGUUGGAGAACAUACCUCCAGGGCUGAAAGUUGAGGAUCCCAAUACCUUUGAGCCCCUUUCCAACGGAACAUCCGCUCCACCCGUCUUCGACAAAGCGAAUGCGACAUUACCACACACCCACUCCGAUACGCUACAGAUUCGACCGUCUGUAACUUUACGCGAACGGAUAACGGUGCAUUUGAACAACACUCUAAAUUGGCUGAUCACUUCUCAGAUUCUCGAUACGGAAAUCCGAGUGGACCAAGAUCUACAAGAUGCCAUACAAGAUGAGCUGAGAUACGAUGUGAACUAA